AUGCCCGAACAAAUCAACGGUUCUGCGCCGCAGGCCAUCAAGCUCUCCACCCUCGCGCAAUGGUCAGAGGAACAUAUGGCUGCGAUUUUCGAAGCAGUCACCGAGGAGGACGCUCUAAAAGCCAUAACAGACACAUUUCCGGAUGACGUUCGCGCGACAUUGAAUGGCUCUCCUCUCCCUCGGCCGAUGAUCGAUAAAUUGGUGUUGAUGAUGAGACCUGGUCCCCAAGGGGGAUUAAAAGUGCAUUGGAGAGAGCAGGCUGAAGUACCCAAGGAUCCUAGUCAUCGGAACGGGGCGUUUGGCGGGUUCUACUACAUCACUGGUAUCAGGAAACCACAUCCGGAUACGGGGGAAAUUGUUCCAUUUAUCAGAUACAAGACAGUCACCGUCAAGAUCGAGUCCAUGUCCGAAGACUUGUCGUAUGACAGCCGGAAGAUUACAGAGCUCGUGUUUGUGGGCUCAGACAAACCGGCAGAAUAA